CAGUCAGUCUGAGUGGUCGCGCGUUGAGCUCGCAGCUUUUACAGCCCACUUCCUGAGGCCGGAGAGAGAGAGCGAGUGAGAGAGAGAGAGCGAGAGAGAGAGAGAGCGGACGGAGGGAAGAAGGAGGAAGAGGCGAACGAGCACGCGAGCAACGAGCAUGAGGAGAAGCGCCGGGACCCCGUGAAGGAGAGACCGCCGAGCCAGGUGCCGUCCGCAGUGUGUGUCAGGAAGGAGAUGGCAUGAGAGCGGCCGGCCUGUGAUCCACUUGAGAGGCAGUCGUUAGCCAGCAGCGAGGCACACGAGGGAGCAGAUCACGAGCUGACAACACCAUCGCUGUCCUCCGCGCUCGUCCACCGGGAUGGAACCCAAAGGAGUGGCAUCAUCCUCGUCGUCUCUGUGAGCAGAGGCCAGGGGCAGAAGACAUGUUGGGACAGACAGCUUCAGCCCUGGACAGCACGCACAACCAUGAAUCCGGUCUGGAUGGCUUUGGCUUGUUUGGUUACCCUCUCCAUGGUUACCAGGGAAAUCGCUGGGAACGCCGCUGACGGGAAGACCAAGUCACAAGAGGAGUUCCUCUCCAGCUUGGACCACUACGAGAUUACCAUCCCUGUCCGACUGGACUCCCAGGGCGACGUCCUGAGCCAAGCGGCUCGACUCAGGAGGGGCCGACGGCAGCGGCGCAGCUUGGGACCUGAGCGGCAGCUCUUUUAUCGCGUCUCCACUCCUCAAACUCACUUCCUGCUCAACUUGACCCUCCACUCCCGCCUGCUCUCAAGCCAGUUCCGCGUGGAGUUCUGGCGGAGGGGCCGCCUGGCCUGGAGUCACCGUUACUCAGCUCAGUGCCUCUACACCGGCCACUUGUACAAUCAGCAGACCAGCAGCAAGGUGGCCCUGAGUAACUGCAAUGGGCUGGGGGUGAUCGUCUCUGGCGCGGAGGAGUACUUCAUCGAGCCUCUGAACUCGGCCGAGAACCUCACCAACGUCCAGGAGCGAGAACAGCGCCCCCAUGUGGUGUACAAGAGAUCCUCCCUCAGACACCAGUACAUGGAGCCAUCAUGCGGAGUCCUGGAUGACAAAGCUGGGAAGGGACGUCCCUGGUGGAUGAGGAACUUCAAGCCUUCUGCCAUCAGCCCUUCAGGGAACCAGAUGCCACGCGCACAGCUGCCCUUCAAGCGCUCCGUCAGCACAGAGCGGAAUGUGGAGACUUUGGUGGUGGCAGACAAGAUGAUGGUGGGCUACCAUGGCCGUAGGGACAUCGAGCAGUACGUCCUCGCUGUCAUGAAUAUUGUUGCUAAACUUUUUCAGGAUUCUAGCCUGGGGAACGCAGUGAACAUCGUGGUGUCCAGACUUGUCCUGCUGACUGAAGAUCAGCCAACCUUGGAGAUCAAUCACCACGCUGGCAAAUCGCUGGACAGCUUCUGUAAAUGGCAAAAAUCCAUCCUCAACCGCAAUGGCAACGGGAACACCAUCCCAGAGAACGGAAUCGCUCACCACGAUACGGCUGUGCUCAUCACCAGGUAUGACAUCUGCAUCUACAAGAACAAGCCCUGUGGGACUCUAGGCCUGGCACCAGUCGGAGGGAUGUGUGAGCCAGAGAGGAGCUGCAGCAUCAAUGAGGACAUCGGGCUGGCCACAGCUUUUACCAUUGCUCAUGAGAUCGGGCACACGUUUGGGAUGAACCAUGAUGGCGUAGGCAAUGCCUGUGGCUCCAGAGGCCAGGAGACUGCCAAGCUGAUGGCGGCACACAUCACCAUGAAGACCAACCCCUUUGUGUGGUCAGCCUGCAGCCGGGACUACAUCACCACCUUCCUUGACUCAGGGAUGGGCAGCUGCUUGAAUAACGAGCUUCCGAGGCAGGAGUUUUUCUACCCGACUAUGGCGCCCGGUCAGGUGUAUGACGCAGACGAACAGUGCCGCUUCCAGUACGGAGUCAAAUCCCGCCAGUGUAAAUAUGGGGAAGUCUGCAGUGAACUCUGGUGCAUCAGUAAGAGUAACCGCUGCAUCACCAGCAGCAUCCCAGCUGCAGAGGGCACCAUCUGCCAGACUAACACCAUCGACAAGGGAUGGUGCUACAAGAGGGAAUGUGUCCCCUUCGGAACACGGCCGGAAGGCGUGGAUGGAGGGUGGAGCCUCUGGUCACCAUGGGGAGAAUGCAGCCGCACGUGUGGAGGAGGCGUGUCAUCAUCGACCCGACACUGUGACAGCCCCAGGCCAACCAUUGGAGGGAAGUACUGUCUGGGAGAAAGGAAGCGAUUUCGAUCUUGCAACAUUGAUGAGUGUCCAGCAGGAUCCCUCGACUUCAGAGAAGUGCAAUGUGCCGACUUUGACAGUGUGCCUUUCCGGGGAAAAUACUACAAAUGGAAGCCAUACCGGGGUGGUGGAGUGAAGUCUUGCUCCCUGAACUGCCUGGCAGAGGGUUUCAAUUUUUACACUGAGCGAGCCCCAGCUGUAACUGAUGGCACACCGUGCCGUGAAGAUUCCCCGGAUAUCUGUGUCAACGGAGAAUGUAAGCAUGUAGGAUGUGACCGAAUCCUUGGCUCUGAUGUCCGGGAGGACAAGUGUCGGGUGUGCGGCGGAGAUGGGGGCACCUGUGAAGUCUUUGAUGGGAUCUUCAAUGACUCGCUUCCAGAAGGAGGUUAUGAGGAAGUCAUCAGGAUUCCAAAGGGGUCCGUGCACAUCGUCAUCCAGGAGCUCAAUGUCUCUCUUAACUACUUGGUGCUAAAAAGUGACAGGGACGAGUACUUCAUCAACGGGAAGCUGACCAUAGACACUCCCCGCACGUUUGACAUCGCCGGGACCACCUUCCACUAUCAGCGGCCUGUGGAUGAACCGGAAACACUUGAAGCACUGGGUCCCACCAAUGUCACCCUCAUUGUCAUGGUGCUAGUGCGGGAGGAGAACCAAGGCAUUCGCUACCAGUUCAACCCUCCUGUGUCCAACGCCUCGGAGAGCGCUUACUCUUGGCAGUACGCUGCUUGGAGCAGAUGUUCUGCCGUUUGUGCCGGAGAACCACAAUUGGGAUUUGAAACCAGAAAGGAGCUGCUGAUGGGUGACGUCUUGUCACCAGGGGGCUUGAAGUAUCGCAUGUUGUCACAGGAAGUCCUGCAGCAGCCCACCAAAGGUCUUCGCAUGUGGUGGAGCAAAAACGGUCGUCACUUAGGAGAAACCCUGACCGAGAUGAAGAGAAAGGCGCCCGGGCACAUCGUACAGGACACCCCGUUAGACUGGCACGGGGGCCGGCAGGGCAUUCUGGGUGCCCACGUGACAUCAAUAAUGCACACCCAAGAGGAUGAGGAUGAUGUAAUCGGGACUGCUCACCCGGGGUCUUCAUCCUACAACACUCCGCUGACCUCCACUCUCAGCCCCCCUCUGGUCUCCUUUCGGCCUCUGCGUUCGUGUGGGCGUCGAGAUGGAGGACGGGCUGCCCGGCGCGCUUUUGUCAGAAGAAACCUCCGGGCAUCUUCUGCACUCCUAAAAACGGUCCUUUAA